AUGGUCCACCCCAAUAAUAUUUCAAGAGAAUUAGUUCCUUCAGUCGAUGUUUCACCGAAUAUUGAAGGGGUAGUCGUAAAGGCGGUAGAUGUUGGCGGUGACUUUAAUAACAAGCAAGAGUUUGAUGAUCGGGAAAGCAUGCUCAUAUGGAUUCAAAGGAAUGUAACUGACCUUGGUUUUGGUUCAAAGGAACCCGACAACGUAUCAAAUAUAAGGCAAGUGUAUAACAUCUGGUACCGCAAUAAUAAGGCGAUUAGGGGAGAUAGAAGUGAGAUACAACAACUGUUGAAGAUGUUGGAUGAUAACAAAUACGUGUCGCGGUACAGAACUUGCGACGAUGGGGUUACGGUCCGAGAUGUUUUUUGGACUCAUCCGGAUUCGAUAAAGUUGUUCAACACUUUUCCGACAGUGCUCCUUCUUGAUUCCACCUACAAGACCAACAAGUAUCGACUUCCAUUAUUUGAGAUGGUAGGUGUUACAUCCACCAUUAAGACAUACGCCGUUGGUUUUGCUUUUUUGGAGUGUGAAAAAGAGGAUAAUUAUAGGUGGGCAUUAGAGGUGUGUCGGUCACUUUUGAAGGAACAAGUCAAGAUGCCCAAGGCGAUUGUUACGGACCGCGAUACCGUUUUGAUGAAUGCGGUAGCAAAUUUGGCUAAUAGCAAGGAUGACUUGUGUCGAGAUUGGGACACUGUAAAUCUCAUGAUCAAAAACCAACAUAAUGAGAUACAAACCACUUUUGGUCGGAGCACUACGGUGUUGGAACAUCGAUUUCAGGACAACAUUCUUUCUUCUCAAUUUAUCGGCAAUGUGUCUCGGGCUGGGUUAAACUAUAUUUUUCACGAGGCCAAACGAGGUGAAACUGUCGGUUUUGAUAGUGUAAAGUGUGGUUGCACUAUUACUAGAACGCAUGGUCUCCCAUGUGCAUGUGUUAUUACUAAAAAAGCGAGACUAGGUGAGCCAAUAAGAAUGGACGAAGUUAUCCCUCAUUGGAAAAGACUUAGUUUUGAUGAUGAUGGUUGUGUCGAAGGAGAAAAAUCGAAUAUCUCCAUUACUUCCGAAUUGGAAGCGAUACAAGAGAGGUUUUCGAAGGCCGAUGACAACAUGAAACUCCACAUCAAAGAACAAUUGCGGAAGAUUGGAUCCUGA